CAUAAAAAAUCAUUGUUCUGAAUAGCUUUCGAGAAUCCGGAUCCUUUUUAUGAACUGCACGCGGAAUCUUUGAAAACAUGUCUAAGGAACUGUCUUCGCCCUCCUUCAGUUCAAGAAGCGUGAUUUUUGACGGAAGCAUUGGAUAGAGGUUAAUUUGGCAGCAGUGUUAGUCCUCACUGGUCAAAAUGCCCGUGAAAGAAACAUUAAAUUUUUUCUCCGUCUUCCCUUAUUAUCUGUUUCCGCAGCGGCACACCCGGCAGUGAGAAAUACAACUGACCAGGAACUUUUAUUAGAAUGUACAAAGUACAAGGCCAAGGUAGUUCUGCAAAGAGGACGAAAACGUCUACUAGGUUGGGCUCAACCAAACCUGAAAAAGGGAGAGUAUUUAACCCUGUUUGUGUGCAAUUAACGCCUAAUUUCUGUGGACAAAAAAGAUUAGAGAAAAUUUGUCAGAUAUUGGGUAAAAGUGUAUUAAAAUUUCUUAGUUAGUUCCUAGAAAACUAACACUCAAAUUUUGUUGUUGUUUUGGUUUAGGUUCAAGUGCUGUGGAGAUGGAGCUAACGUUUUCAAACGAGAAACAAUGGAUUGAAUUUAACUUCAGAGUUGCAAUCGCAAAAGCUUGUACAGAUUUCUUUUGCAAGAGUGGCGAAUGCAAAAGCACGUCUGGGCGAGUUAAGCGUUCCGAAAGGGCAAAAUUUAUUCAGGAUUCUGAUGUCAAAAUACUUGGACUUUCUCCUAAUGGAGAAAAUACUUGGAUAAUUGAGUUUGCUGUCCUAUUUCCAUCUGUGGAUGGGAAGGCUCCACAACCGUCCAAACCUGAAGAACUGGUUCAAAUGGUCGAUAAAAACAAAGAAGUUCUUCAGAAGGCGGUUGGAGGAUCAAUCAAGCGGAUAACAAUAAGAAAACAACCAGAGCAACCGAAAGAAGGCGCAAAAUCAACCCAAGAUGAUAAAGGAACGCCCGUAGNGUAG